AUGGCCUCAGCUCCCUUCCAGAAUGGCAUGCGCUCAGUACUACCGCUUGAGCUCGUAGAGAGCCUGGAUCAUGCAUACUUUCUACACCUUUUGGCGACUCAACCAGAGAAAGUGGUUCCUCCAGGCAAAUCCCUCUUAUCAAUGUUGCUGCACGCCCAGUUGGCUGCCUCAAAAUCGGCACCAGGUGACCCGCAACCACUGCUGGAACGGGUCAAAGAGGUUGCUCACAAAGCUUUCUGGGAUGAGGCGGUGGAGUCGCUGUCUGACCCUUCACCUGCCAUUCAACUUCCCCGCCUAAAACGCCUCUACAAUGAUCUCUAUGACGCCCUUAAACCCAUAUUCCCUCCCGACCAUCGCGUAAUCCUGACUCUGCGUGCUCCUCUCGCUCCCUCUUCGUCACCACUGCACUCGACACUCGCAUUCUUGAAAGAACUAUUGCUCGCUUUGAAGGAGCGAUGUGCUCCCGUCAGAGACAAGGAUAUCGACGAACUAUACCAUCGGCUAGAUGAAUGGCAUGAUAUUCGUCUCGACCAUGACGACGAACCCGGCACCAAUCCUUCCUCCUCGUCGCCUCUCGCGAGGCUGAUUGCAGAGACCAUGAAGAGCAUCGUGUCACUUGCAGAGGUCAUGAAUACCGACCUCAACACGGCCAUUCUCAGUACUAUGCCCGAAGAUGAAGUCAAGGGAAUGGUCUAUCGCAAGGCGAAGCAACAGGAACGGGAUCUUGUUCUUCGGUUAUGGUCCAGCAAUCAGGAGCCCGAAGGACAGUUAUUGCGAGAGAAAUGGCGGACAUGGGUGGACGAACUUCCUCAAUCCGAGGAGGCUCGCUAUGGCACUGUUUCGCCGGAGACUCGAUGGAUUCCGCGGUUAAUGAUGGCCCUAGAAUCCGAUGUUGCUGUCUCCUGCCCUCUAUCCCCUGCCGCACCUUCAAAUCCACCCGAACAGAACGAAAACCCUGGAUCGAAUGCAACAAAUGAACUGCCGCCACAGUUUCUGUUCGCUUCCCGUGCACUAUUCACCGUCCAGAAUUGCGUCCAAGCCCUCGCCAUCGCAGCCGCGCUGCGGAUUCUUUCUGGACUACCUGUUCCCAAAAAGGGAGAAGUUAAUGAAGGCACACCAGCUCUAACUUUCAUGGAUCGUGUAUGGACACUGUUGAAACUGGAAAUCGAUGCCGAGGAGUCGGACAAGGAAUCGACGCCUGACGGCGGCACGAAACUGGUCAAUCUAGCUGACGAGGUUAUCCAUGUUCGACGUCUUGCCAGUGCGCCCAAGCCUGUCGACCUAGAUGAAGAAAUGCGUCUUCGCCAAUUGGUCGAUCGUACUCUCAGGGUUAAGGACCCGGUCUUCGUCCUCCUUCGACGCCGCCUGGUUGAAGCUGUUGGAAGGCAGUUGCUGGAGCAAUUCACUGCUCCCACCCCUGCUGGAAUCGAUCAGCUCCCUAGUGUCAUGAAGACAGGCCGUGGCGUACCAGGCGAGAGGGCAUUCAAGCGAGCGCGGCUGCGCGCUUCUGACCCGGACGCCGUUCUGCCGCCAUAUGCUCACAACCUAUCUGAAAAAAACAUACCUUCCUUUGUUAUCAAGGGCUUUGAAGAUCCGGUAUUGGUCAAGGCAAUCCCUGAGGUCUUUAUGACGACGCUCGGUUGUACGCAAUGGGUGGCCACCGUUUGGGGUGACUUGGUAUGA